GAUGAGUUAUCCUUCUUGCUGCUAGCAUCUUCCAUAAAAUGAAAAGUCCACAGUUUGAUAUCUAAUUAUCCUGCAACUGCAUCAUCUGCAUGCAUCUGAUUCUGAUCUAGCUUCUUGUGGGUGUGGCUGGAUUUAUGGUAGAAAAACUAGGAUGUAUGUAGAAACAGAGCUAAAGAGAUGCGAGGAGCUCUCAAAGAGUUUAGGGGGCAGCGUGUGGCUAAAGAUGGAGACACAGCAGAUCACUGGGAGCUUUAAAUACCGCGGGAUUAGCUUACUCUGUAAAAAGAGUGUUGAUGAAGGAUAUAAGAAAUUUGUAUGUUCAUCAGGUGGUAACGCUGGACUAGCUGCUACUAGAGCAGCAAAAGAACUAGACACACCAAUCUCUGUGUAUGUUCCCAUGACAACUCGUGAGGUCAUGAGAGAGAUGUUAAAAGAGGGAGGGGCCAGUGUACAUGUACAUGGAAAGGUUUGGGAUGAGACUAAUGCUUUGGCUGUGAAAACUGCAAAUAAAGAAGGGGCUUUUAUGAUUCACCCUUUUGACCAUCCAACAAUAUGGGAAGGCCAUUCAUCUAUUGUCACUGAAAUAAAGUCUCAGUUACCAUCAGACUCCGCCCCUCCUGAUCUCAUAAUAGCGUCAGUUGGAGGUGGUGGUUUAAUGAAUGGAAUACUUCAUGGGAUGGAGAGGGUUGGGUGGGGUCACAUCCCCUUUAUUGCCAUGGAAACGGAGGGUGCGGAUAGCUUGAAUCUGUGUGUGAGAGAGGGAAGGUGGGAAUCUCUUAAGGAGAUAACAAGUAUAGCUAAAUGUUUAGGUGCUUUAAAGGUCAGUAAAAGAUCCUACGAGUGGCUCCAAAAUAAAAAUGUUAUCUCGUGUGUAGUUCCAGACAAGGAAGCACUGAAAGCUUGUGUCUUUAUGUCAGAUUAUCAUGAAGUUCUUGUCCCUCCGGCCUGUGGGGCUGCUCUUGCUGCAGUAACUGAUAAAAGUCUUAUCCCUCGCCUCCAAGGUGAAGGAAAGCUUCCAAAAAGCUUAAGCAAUGUAAUAGUCAUUGUCUGUGGCGGGAGUGGAAUUAAAUCUGAGAAUAUCAAGCAAUGGAGAAACGACAUAAGAGAAGAAAAGGAUUGACUGUUUGAUACUUAGUUGUGAAAGUCAAUUUAAAUUUUCAAAACUAUUUUAUAUUUUGUACAAUUAUUUCAUUUUGCAGUUAACAAAUAUUAAACCACUGUGUUAAUCUUUA